GGGACAGUGCGGAUUCACAAAACUUAAUUGUUAUCAACAAAAUUAAUAACGUUAGCAUGUCGGACGAAAUGCUUAGCGGUAUUUCGUCUGUCUUUUCAUUCUGAGUUCAAAUUCCACCGAGGUCCUCUUUGUCUUUCAUCCUUUCGGGGUCGAUUUAAUCGACUGGCCUCCUCCCUCCAAAUUUCGGGCCUUGUACCUAGAGAAGAAUUAAUCAAUGAAGCGGAGUGACCAUGACAACAAUUUCCACUUCUACGGUGCGGAUAGUGGCUUAAAAUUCAUUGUCUAAAAAUACGUAACAUUAAAUGCUUUCAACUUCCUUAUAAUGGGGCUCAUUUUGCAAAUGAAAAAGAUUAGAUCCAAAAACGAAAAAGAUAACUAUUCAUAUUUUCAGACUUAUCUCCUGAAUGAAUAAUAAAGUGGAUUCUGACGGAAUGUUUGUUAUAAAAUAAAAGUACACUACCGGCAAAUACCACUACUUUUAAUCAUUAAGACAACGAAAUAACUAGCGCAUGCGCACUGUUUUCAAUUUGCCAUGUGAAUUACUAGCGUGGUUUGUGGCCCAUUUCUACGCGAACAUGAGUUAUUGUCGAAAAGAAGGGAAAGAUGAAAUAAUUUUUGUUACAAAAGAAGAUUAUGAGAAACCCAGCACAGCACUUGUAGCAUCAGCUAAUGAUGAAGAUGAAGAACCAGGAUUGAUUCUUAAAGAUGGGAGCAUCAACUGGAAUUGUCCCUGUCUUGGUGGUAUGGCUUCAGGUCCUUGUGGUGUACAAUUCCGAGAAGCAUUUUCCUGUUUCCACUAUAGUGAAAUGCAACCAAAAGGUUCUGAGUGCUAUGAUGCCUUCAAAAGAAUGCAAGAAUGUAUGAGCGAAUACCCUGAUCUUUAUCCAAGUAAAGAUGAGGAGGAAGUACCAGGAAGUGACUCUAAAAAAUUAGAAACUGUUGAAAAUAAGGAUGAGUCUCAGACUAAUGUGACAUCAACACCAGUGCCACCAACUGCAGAAGUAUCUUGACCUAUCAAUUUAGCUAGCGAAAUCAUUUAUUAUUAUUUAAUAGCAUUUAGGUUUGUUGAUUGUUUCUAGGAUUAUCAGAUUUGAUCUGCUAAUGUCCUAAUGGAAUCAAAUGUAAACAUUUGAUUUGUUCUGAGUUUGUUACCCUUGGCAUCACUACCUAUACUAUUUUUGGUUUAUUGAACCAAGUCAUUGCUCUGAAAAAUCAGGUUGGCUAUAGAUGAAUUUAUUUUCAGGAUGGUAAUAUUUUUAUUCAGAAAUUCAUUAAUUAGCUUUAUGAUAUGUAUGGUUUUUUUUUUUUUUUAAAAUUACGAGUAAACUUUUCUAAAUAAUUUUUUCAUCUAAUAUUUUUAUAUAUUUCAGUUUUUUUUUUAUUAUCAGUUUAUUUCAAUAGGUUUAUGGUGCAUAAAGUUUAAUUUUCAUUUGCUUUUCAUUUGUGAGAUUCAUUGAGAGGAAGAUUAUAUCCAUUUGAAACUUUUUUCUGAUUGUUAUUGAAUCAGGAAUCAAUUAAAAUGUUAGCAAUAUAUUUACAAAACUCAUUAGAAAAUAUCUCCAACAGAUUUCGUUUGAAUGAACAAAUUCAACUGCUGUUUUUGUAUGUGAAAUGUUUAUUUUAUACUCUGUUUUUUUCUCCUGUUAGUGGUGCAGGAGUGGCAUCACACAUGAUUUUUGUAAGCUCUUACAGACUCAUACUAUUGCUGUGGUUGAUGUCAGCAUGGCAUUCUGUAGGAUGAUUCUUGUAAAAAUGUUUAAAAAAAAAAAAACCUAUUAGGAAGGAUUCCAGAAAGCAAUAUUUCUGGUGAAGAAAGAUUCACUGAAAUGUAUAGUUUAGAGAGUGAGAUGUAUCAGCAGUGAUAUGAAGAAAGGCAGUUUACAUUGGAUAGGCUUGGGUGUAGCAGUAUGCAGUUUACUAAUCCAGAGGUACUGAAACUGUAGUAGUAUUAAUGGUAAAAGAGGCAGAAAGACGAUACAACACAUGGCUGAAACACGUUCAUGAUUCAUCUGAAUGUGGUUUAAGAUGCUUGGCUGUGUAUCAGAAGUGCUCUCAGACAUGUGAGCAAAUAUUUCUUGUUUUGCAAUAUUAGUUAUUAUAAUUAAAAUAAUUUUUGUAUAAUUUACAAGCCCCAAAAAUGCAACCGUAUUUAAGACAUUUCUACAUGAAUCUAAUCAUAACUGUCAUCAAAACAAAGUGAUAGAAGUUUAGAAUAUAUAAUUUUUUACAAAUGUAAAUGCAUUUAACAAAAUAUCAGGCUUCAGCAUGAAGAAAACAGGUUAUUUCAUAUUUUGCAACCUGAUUUUAGGUUUCUUUGUAAUCAGGUUGCAUAUUAUAAAAGUUUGUCUUCUCAGCCAUGAAGCUUCUAAAAUAUUCCAGAUUCAUUUUUCAUAUAUUUUGAAUUUAAGCUAGUAAUAAAGUUAAAUUGCUAAAUAACAAUAAGAUGUAAUAGAACUUUAUUCUUGUUUACAGCUUUUUAAUAUGCAUAUUUCUGAGUUAGAUGGCUGUAGCAUUUAUUAGUUUUUGUUAAAAGUCAUAGGAUAAAUGUUAUAAAUAAAUAUAUUUACUAAAAGUAUUGGUUGAAAUUAUCAGUAAAUACUAAUUUUAUUUUUUUUUGACAACUUGGUUGAUAACAUUUUAAACAUUUAUAUAGAAUUUUAAUUCUUGAAUUUAUUAAUAAAAAAAAGUAAAGAGUUAUUAAUGCGAGAUGCUUUGCAGUUUGUAUGUUUCAUUUAAAAUAUUCUUAUAUUUGUCUUUAACAUUGUUAUGUGAUUUAUGUGUUAUGUUGUAGGUAUAUAUUUAGGUCUUCAGGUCAGUUCUAAUUCAGCAGACCUGUGAUCAAUGGGUUUGAGUUGUGAACCAUCUCAUUUCUUUUUCAAAUAUAUUUUAUUGUAGAUUAUCCAUAUUUCUUAAGAUGGUAGUGUUUUAGUUGGCUUAAUGUGUUACCUUAGUCACCAGAUAUUUACAUGAAUUAUUAGAAAAUUCGCUGUUACAAGUGACUGUUUUCCUUAAAAAAUAAAUCUGCAAUGAAAAUGGAAAAUGAAGAGGAAUCUACUUUGAAUAGCAUUUGAUCUCAUGCUCUUUAAUUCUAUAAUUUUGAAAUAUACGUUAUCUUAGGAAGUGCAUCAAGAUCCUAACACAUGCAACUGUUUUUAAACCAUUUGUAUCUUAGUGUAACAUUGAUUUCUAGAUUCUUUCCAGUUUCUGUGUUUUGAAGCAGAUAAGACCUACUCCACCAAAGGUAGUGAACUCAAUGCUACAAACCAACAUACUACUUGCAAAUUCUGCUGCAAUACUGCUGUUGUAAGCAAUGAAUUUGUUUUCAAAAGUUCUGUUGGAGGGGCAGUGCCACUUAACUUUUCAGGGCCCUCUUGGAGUAGUGAGGUCAUGCAGCACAUAGAUUGACCCUUGUAGGAAGUAAGUGGAAAAGGAUAGAAUUCUGGCUGGACAAAUUUCUAGGAAGAAAGGGUUGAAUGAAGUGUUUGGUGUGUGGUUUGUGAUGGUGAGAAAGAGAGUACAGGGCGUUCAAAGUGGGCUUCGGGAGAGAUGGUAUGCAGUUUUUUGGGUCAGGCAAAUAGAGUGUUGUUGAAGGUCUAGUAGGAAAGGUGAGCAUUUGUGUGACAUUUUCCAAUCAGCAAGAGAUCCUUUUUAGAUAUUAUCUUAGACUUUGGUUCCAAAUAGGUGAGGUGUUCAGACAUUCACUUGUAGUACUAACUUAGAGGUCGAUAGGUUUGGCUACUAGAGAGUAAUGUUUCUUGGGUACAAACAACCCAGUGAUAGUGACAAGAAAUGAACUGCUGACCUUUUGGUUGUCCAGAAUAACUGAUUUAACCAUCUAUGCUUCCCUUGUAUUUAUAUGGAAAUGAAAAUGAGAUUGUGACAUAUACACUCUUCUCAAGGUUGUAUGAGCAGUUAAAUAGCUAUCACUAAAUUAAAAUUCCACUGAGAAUUAAAUCAAUUCUAAGAUGCUACUUUUGGCACUGAAGAUAAAUCAAUAUGUAUUAUUUACAAUUGGGCAGUGCAUUGGCAGAAUUGUUAGCAUGCUGGGAAAAAUACUUAGCAACAGUCAGUCACUCUGUUUCGAGUUCAGAUUCUGCUGAGGUUAACGUUGCUUUUCAUCCUUUUGGGGUUGAUAAAAUGAGUACCUGUUCAGCACUGGGGUCAAUAUAAUUGACUUACCCAUCCCCUGAAACUGGUAACCUUGUGUCAAAAGGUGAAACCAAUAUUAUUAUUUUCAUUAUUGGUUUGUUUUUGCUAGGUACAAGCACAUUUUGUGUAAGUGAAACUGUAAUGUUGAAUACAUUUCAGUAUAUUGUUGGUACUUACUUUAUUGAUAUUCAAGGUUGAAAGGCAAAGUUUAACUCAGCAGAACUAGACAUCAAAGUAAUGAAAUUGUACAAAAUAUGACAAAGCUUUUCGCUCUCAGCAUGUUUCUUGAAGGAGACAUCUUAUAGGAAGGUGAGAACAGCUGUAAAGCAUUACUUUUUCCACUUUGAUGCUUCAUUAUACCGAAUAAAAAAGUUCUGCUGCAAAACUGUGUAUCAGUAAUAAUUGAUAAUAGUAUGAAAUCAACAAAGAUUCUUACUCAUUGAUUUAUAGUGACUGAGUAUACUGCAGACAUUUCUCCCUUAGAGUGACCCUUCGGCAGAUUCAGCGUGAAACUAUGAGUUGAAGGUUUCACCUUUUAAAUUCCAAGUACAAUCCAUGUAUGUAUAUAUUUUUAUUCGAUUGAGAUUUUAAUGAGUUUUAGUUAUUGAAACGAGAUUAAUACAAAGUCGAGCAUCCAAUUUAUAGAUGUCGUCAAAUUAGUCAACUUAAUCUUGGAGAGUUAUCUCCCUUUAGUAAGGUCGCACCCAAAGCACAAGGCAUUGGUAAAUUCAAAGCUUGUCAACACUUGCCUCACAGUGAGACCGAAUCCGAAACCACGUGGUUUAUUGCAAGACUCCUGAUAUGAAGCCGUGUAUUGAAACAGAUAUUGUUCUAUUUCGGGAUGGUAAUGUUUUUUUUUUUAAUGCCCAAAUAAACUAUAUAUUCGUUCUUCA